GUCGGAGUUUUUCCAAAAUUUUCUAUAUUUCCUGAGUUUUCAUGCAAAUUUUGAUAUAACUCUCAAAAUGGAUUAUCAAAGUCGUCAGUUGGCUGGAGAUUUCUUCCUGCGAGAACCAGUUGAUGCCCGAAUAAGAAAGCCUAAAAAUGAGCCAGAAGAAGAGCAACACCCGAAACUCAAAGUGGAAAUGCAGACUAUUCGUUUGAAUUCUGACUCUCAAAAAUUAGUUUUGGACACCUUGAAGUUUAUACAUGGACCCGAUUUUAAACUUGGAAGCGCCAGCGUUUACAAGGAUAAAGGCACGAACCUCAGUAACCGCUACUGGAUGGAGCGCGGGAACCUAGUUGUGCAGGGAGGAUGCGACUAUUCUCUCAACACUAAACCAGACAUUGAGACUUCAGAAGCCCGACUGAGAGCUUUUGCUUUGACUAAGCUGGAGAAAUACAACUUCCACAAAGCACAUUGUGCAGAAGCAUUGAAUCUGGCAGGAGAGAGUGUAGAUAAGGCAUUAGAAGUCCUUUUCUACAAGUAUUUUAAAGUGGAUCCUCAAGAGAAACCGACUAACGUACCAUCAAUGACCGAACUUGAAGAAAUGAGAUCAGAUGAAAGGGCAGUCUUAGAAUCAAUCUACGAUACAAAUUUCAAAGUAAAAGAUGCACACAUUUGGAGUAUUAGCCUUAACCUAGAUUACAUCACAAAAUUGUACAAAGAAAAGGAAAUACAGAAACCUAAAAAGAAAGACAACAUAAACUACAAUAACAAUUUCAAAACGAAAAAGAAAGAGGUCUGUAAAUUAUUUUUGAAAGGACCAUGUAGAUUUGGAGCUAAAUGUAAAUUUUUGCAUGAGACAAAUGAACCUUGUAAUACUGAAACAAGAACAGUGACUGAUGACAGUCAUGAAGUGACUUAUGAGUUAGAAAUACGGUUUCCAGAAGAUACAGUGUAUCCCUAUCAACCUCCUUUAUUAUAUUUCAAAACUGUAACUCGAACAAAUUUAGUACCAGAGCUGGCAUGUUUACGGAUAACAGCUCGUCUUUUAGAAGAAGCAAAAAUCUUAGCACAAGAUGGUAUACCAAGCAUAUAUUCUUUAGUUGAAUUGUUAAAUAAUGAAGAAGAUAUAAUUAAUUAUAUACAGUUUGAUACAAGUACUUUUCCUGAGCCCACAGAUGCCUUAUGUCCCCAAUUAAUAGAAGAUUCUAGUGUAAGUAAAAAGAAACCAUCUCAUUACAAAAAGGGUCAAUUAAAAGAUCAUAGAUCGAAUGUUAAUUUUGAAAAUGUAUUAAAAGAGAACAAAGAGAUAGUUGAUAGUUGGUUGGCGACAAAAAGUAACAAUAAGUAUAGUAAAAUGAUGCCAAUUAGAAGAAAAUUACCCGCUUGGCAGAAACGGAAAGAAAUUCUGGAUACUAUUAAAAAAUCUCAGGUAGUUGUAAUAAGUGGUGAAACCGGAUGUGGUAAAAGUACACAAGUACCACAAUACAUACUUGAUGAAUGGCUGGACAACUUCAGCAAAGAUGGGCAACUUCAGCAUGUAGAAAUAAUUUGCACGCAGCCUAGAAGGAUAUCAGCUAUUGGUGUCGCUGAUAGAGUUGCUGAAGAGCGAGUCGAAAAGACAGGGCAGGUUGUUGGUUAUCAGAUUCGCUUAGAAAGCAAAGUAUCGUCAAAAACACGCCUAACCUUCUGCACCACAGGAAUAUUACUACGAAGAUUGGAAUACGACCCGCAGUUGAAAUCUGUCACUCAUAUAUUAGUGGAUGAAGUUCAUGAACGGUCAGAGGAGAGUGAUUUCUUAUUGCUCAUUUUGAGGGACCUUAUUAAAGUCAGAAAGGACUUGACAGUCAUACUUAUGAGUGCGACCUUGAAUGCUGAUUUAUUUUCGAGUUACUUUGAAAAGAUUCCUAUUUUAGAGAUUCCAGGAAGAACUUUUCCAGUUGAACAGUUUUUCCUAGAAGACAUUAUGGAACUUACAAAUUACGUGCUAGAAGAAAAUGGUCCGUAUGCGCGAAAAAUUAAAAAAGGUGACAAGGAUAAAAAAUUUGACCUAGAAACAGAGCUAGAAACGUGUGACGUCCGAUCAGAAGCCAAUGAGCCGCCUAAGGCCUCCAUUCGCGACGAAAACCUCACUGUGGGACAGAUGCUCGCUAGGUAUCCAAAGUGUAGCAAGGUCACUUGUAAGAAUAUGUACCUUAUGGAUACGGAAAAGAUCAACCAAGACCUAGUCGAGCACGUGUUAACGUACAUAGUGGAAGGUGAUCACAAAUGGCCGCGAGAGGGCGCUAUACUCAUUUUCCUGCCAGGAAUAGCCGAAAUCAUGGCGUUGCAUGACCAGCUAGCCGAGAGUCAUACUUUUAGUGCCAAAACCGGCAAAUACAAGCUAGUCCCUCUCCACUCAACGCUAUCAAGCGAAGAACAGGCUCAAGUCUUCAAGAAGCCUCGUCCCGGCGUUCGCAAGAUCGUGCUUUCCACUAACAUCGCUGAGACUUCUGUCACGAUUGACGAUUGUGUCUUUGUCGUUGACUGCGGGCGGAUGAAGGAGAAACGGUUCGACUCAAACCGAAACAUGGAGUCUCUCGAUCUAGUCUGGGUGUCCCGCGCGAACGCGAAACAGCGCAAAGGUCGCGCCGGUCGCGUCAUGCCUGGAGUCUGCGUGCACCUUUACACCUCGCAUAGAUACCACCAUCAUCUUCUAGAACAACCGGUGCCGGAGAUUCAUCGGAUACCGCUGGAACAGUUGUUGUUGAAGAUUAAGAUAUUACCGCUGUUUAAGGACAUGAGCAUACAUGAAGUCUUAGGAAAAACAAUAGAACCACCAGCAAAAAUUAACAUAGAUGGCGCUCUCGUUCGUUUACAAGACGUCGGCGCACUCGACUCAACGUACGCACUAACCGCCUUGGGACGCCAUCUAGCGGCGUUACCCGUCGACGUGCGGAUAGGCAAACUCAUGUUAUUUGGUGCUAUUUUCUGCUGUGUAGACUCUGCAUUGACUAUGGCUGCUUGUUUGAGUCAUAAGAGCCCGUUUGUUGCACCUUUUGGGAAGAAAGCUGAGGCCGACGCAAAGAGGAGAGAGUUUGCGUGUUCAAAUAGUGAUCAGUUGACUACUUUAAGGGCUUAUAGGAAAUGGCAGGAGGCGAUGAAGAGAAGCAACCACGCGGCGAUUGUGUUCACAAAUGAGAACUUCCUUUCACACAAGACGUUGUUAAUGUUGGCUGACAUUAAACAUCAGUUGUUGGGGUUGUUGGCUUCUAUUGGAUUCGUUCCAGACAUGCCCGACUUGAGGAAGAAGAUGAGAAAAGAUUCUGUCAUUGCUUUGACAGGAGAUGAGUUAAAUUCAAAUGGAAACAACGAUAAGCUGUUGGCAGCUAUAUUGUGCGCGGCGUUAUAUCCGAAUGUCGUCAAGGUACUAACUCCUGAGAAAUCUUUCCAUAUGCAAGCAGGCGGUGCUAUACCACGGCAACCUAAUCCGGAAGAACUAAAAUUCAAGACGAAAUCCGACGGUUUCGUGGCCUUACAUCCAUCCUCUAUAAAUUCCACUGUAGGGUAUUUCGCGAGCCCUUAUUUAGUGUACCAGGAGAAGGUUAAAACUUCGAGAGUGUUCAUUAGGGAGUGCUCUAUGGUGCCGCAGUUGCCGUUGGUUUUGUUUUCUGGUUGUGGACUGACUGUUGAGCUCCAUAACGGAACGUUCAUAGUGUCUCUCGAAGAUGGCUGGAUCAUGUUUCAAGUUGAGAAACACGAGGUCGCAGAAAUGCUAAAAACGAUUAGGGUGGAGCUAGUGAACCUGCUUGAAGAAAAAAUCAACGACCCAUGUCUCAACCUGUUGCAUUACGACAAAGGCAGCAGAAUUAUAAAAACAAUUGUACAAAUUAUCACAAACUUUUAAAUUAUUUUAUUUUGAUCAAUGAACUUUUCAUCGGAAAUGAACCGGUAGCGAUGUUUUAUUUGAUAUGUCUAAUCUCAAUGAAAGGUGUGCAAUAUCAGGGAACCAAUUCUCGUACGCUGCGACAUUUUCUCGGCUUCGAAAUGUCUACAGAAAAUGUCACUGUAUUGUCCAACAAUUCCUAUUUUCGGUGUCAAUAGAUCACUAAGUUGGACGAUUUGAUAUCUCUAUUCUGUUUUUAUAGAUUGUAUGUAAAACAUAAUCGAUAAAAAAAUCAUUUCAGUCUUUUUUGAAGACGGAGUAAAAUGACAUUUGCGUGGUUGCCAGUUUCAUAAAAUUUUAAAU